CGCACUCAACAACGCCUAAGACGUCACUUCAGCUCCUGUGAUGGCCGAUCCAACCGUCCCGCCACCUAGCGGCGCCUGCUUCUUCUUCACACUGCCUGCCGAACUACGGAAUCUGAUAUACGAAUACGCUCUAACCGAACGCAAUGGGCUCUUCUCGAAUUGCCAUAAUCCGGCUGUCCUCACGUCCUCACCAGAUGGAACGACGAGCGCCAAUCAGCUGAAGAGUGUCUGUCAACAACUACAUGCUGAGACGAGAGGCUUGGAUCUCCGGUGCAACGUCGUCAACUUCUCGGCUCGUUGCUCCGAGUUUCAUUCGGUGGUUCAACAGCUUGUACAGCUAUUAGAUACACACGGCUCUUCUCAGCAUGCAGCCCAAAUCUGGACUACGCUCAGCGUAUCAGACACGCCUGAGAUCGAUCAUCCCUCAUUAGCAAUAUGGUCGAACGUGCACACCUUGCUCGACUGCUGUCGGCCCCAUCCGAACGCCCACAUUGAGUUACGCAUCCCUGCGCUGGACAUCUUCAGCCAGGGCGGCCUUGCGUUUCUGUACGGGUGCGCUCUAUCUGACGUCAUCCGGGGCACAGAGCACUGCAAGAAGCUUUUGGGUGGUAUCGAUGCACAUACCGAAAGAAUUGCGGCAGCGAGACGCGGCAAGGAUCUCGGCGCCCUCAACUUACAGAAUCUCAAGAUCUUUCCCCCCCAGAACGCCUCCGACAUUCGAGAGCAACUUAUUAAGCUGGGGUGGUGGACCAAUCCUAGUGGUUUGAUAAGGAGGAACGGCCAGGUGGAUUUGUGGCUCCAGGUCAUACAAGGGUGGUAUGCGAAUGGUAUAUGAGAGGUUCGAAGUCACUAAGGACGAUUUGAUGGUUACUGGGGGCUGAAAGACCUCUGACGGCCUUCAGGCUGCGUGAAAUCAGACCGGCGGAAUCACUGAACGGCUCGUCUUCUUUGUACAACUCACGCCAUGGUCUUUUUCCGCCCGUCCCUCUCCACAGCAG